CCCUAGUUUCUCUCAGUCUGAGUCUGGCAGUUACAAGCUAAGACAUGUUUUCCUGUCUUCGCAAGCGUUUUGGGAGGGGGAACGUCGAUUGUGGAGAGACUAGAGUGAAGGAGUCUGGCCUUUCGUCUCUAAGUAAUGAUGGACAAAGACAGCACUUCUGGGGAAUGUGGAACGCUGGGAGAGAAACAUCUUCCCCUGAAACUGCCCUAAGCGAGAAGCAGGCCAAGAAGGAAAAGGAGAGGCUGAUUAAAGAGCUGCAGCUCAUUACCAAGGAGAGAAAUGACCUGAGAUAUCGCCUGAGGUUUCUGACAGAGAGAUCCAAGAACAACAGGCCACACUUCAGGCCAAAUCCGUAUUACGAAGACCUGGAGAGAAUGGAGGAGGUGGUCAUGUCAAUUCUGCACAACUUAGAGAUGGAGAACACUGAGAUCCAUGAGAACAGCCAUAAGCUGAAGAAGGAGAUUACCUUCUCUAGAAACCUGCUCAGCCAGCUCCUGAUGGAGAACACAUGUAGGAAGAAGUUGGUCCCACAGAUGCAGGGGAGCAAGGAGGGACAUCUUGAUUGUGCACUGAACCAGAAAUAUUUGGUUGACUUCAACAAGAAAGAUAAAGACCAGCAACGUCCAGAUCCAGCAUCAUCAGGUAGGGACGAGCAGCUGAGUUAGCUUAACAAUAUCUGAUAAAAUUUGCCAAUUUGAUACAACUUUGCUUUCUCCUACCACCUUUCUAAUUUACACUCCCAACCAGCCAACCCCCUCAUGCAAUGGAAUUGUUCAUUGCUCUGCCUAUGCACAAGUAUUCUGGGAAGUUAACCACUUUUCAGAAGCUGAAUUAUUUUGCAAGUAUAUUUUGCUGCUCUUUUUGAAUCUGCAGUAUAGAAAUGGUGACAGAUGAAUAACAUACCUCAUUAUUGCAUAUCCAUGUGAUAGAUUGGAUCCUAUGCAGAGUUUUGAACAACUUCGUGGUCCUUUGACAAAUGACACUCUGUGGUCAUGUGACUUCUUGUGUAGGAAGCACCUUUCUGGGAUAAGAACCAAGUGCAAAUGUCAAAUUAGUACUUGUCAUUGGCUUUAACCUUGGUGACAUAUGGACAUUUCCUUUCUUCCUGCAACCCAAUGAGGUCCCUUCCAUUGCCCUGUUCUUGGUUUGCACUGGUAUAAGUCUGGGUCCCAGAUUGGCAGCCCACAUUACUGUGAGGGUUGCUGGAGAUUUUGCCCUGCCCACAGAGUUAGCAACAAUGAUAUCAGGUAAAAGGUCCAUGUUGACUGUCCAAUAGAACUGAGGUGGUAGAAGGCAGGAUUCUGACAGCUGGCUUGCGUUUCACCACCAAGUCAGUGUCUGAAAAACUGCCUUCCUCUCCCAGGUCUCAGAAAGUGCAAGAGAGCUGGAAUUGGACACACACCAGUAAGAGAGCUCCCUGAGGAAUAAGUUGCUUUCUCAGGAGUCCCUGAUGACAAACAUCCUGAACGGUAACAACAUUUUUUGGAUGAGUAUUCUUCCUCAGAGUUAAUUUGUCAUUUCUUAGAGACCCUAAAUUUAUAUAACACUAAGCCAGCCUGACUGAUUGAGGUCUUACUCACUUUCUUCUUCAGAAAACACCACUUGAGAGACAACUUGGGGGACCGCCUUUCAUUAUGUGUGCUAGAGGAGAAACAGCAAUACAUCUGUGCUUCUAAAUGUUUGUUAAAAAUAUGCUGUUUAGAAAUAUUUUUGUUAUGAUUUUAAUUGAAGUUUUCUUUUUGUUGUUUCAUAUUUAUAUGUUCUUGUUACUGUUUUUCACUUUCCAAUAUGUUUAAAUAUUUUUAUUCAUUCAUUUUAAUCCUGUUUUGUUGUAAAAAUGUAUUCAUUAUGAAUAAAUAUUGAUUUUUAUCUCUUGACUCUUAAGACCAUCAUUCUUAUUCAUGGGUUCUGUCCCCUCCUGAGGGCUUAGAACGGACAGCUAGAGAUGGAUCUCUGCCUGUUCCAUGGAGCCUGGGCUAAUUAGCGAAUUCAAAGUCACCAAGGGGUACCCAGUGUCACAGUGUCUUUUUUGAGGAGAAUGUGGCUUUUUCUCGGCACACACUUUAUGAUGUAAUCACUGACAUGCUUUACCCAAUUGUUAGGGUCCAUGUGGUUCUUCUGAGAGAGCAGCAGAUGCUCUACCCUGUGAGUUGUCACCACAGCUCCUGCAGGUGGCUUUUGUUAUUCCACAUGAGGUGCUGUAUUAGGUGGACAGGAUCACCUCCAUUAAAUAGAGAGAUCUCAGGAGAUGUGUAUUCACAGGGAACUUACUGAGCUGUGCAUGCUCAACGUGUUAGGUUGUCAGGCAUCCCUACAGGGCUCUGGUGUCCCCACUGCUCAUUGUGGGUCAGGAUCAUCCUCCAGCAUCACUUAGUGUCCAUAUUAGAGCAGAUCUUUCACCUGUUGUCAAUGAUGACCAUAUCUGUUAUGCACAUCUGAUAAAAUACAGAAUAGAAACUAGCUUCCUGUAAGCCAGCUUGGCAUAAUGAGUUCUUUUGGUAGCAAGAAAAGUAUCUUAAUCUAAGCAGUUUAGGGAGGAACCUCAAGAGCAUCCAUA